CUUUAUCAGAGGGUAUAGCUGCUCCACGGGCGUCUUCUAUAAGAAAAAGAUCAAUUGCGGAAGGAUGGGCCCCAAGAAGAAGGCUGACGCCCGUGGAGGAGGUCCCAAACCGGGCACCAAGCAGGCCAAAGCCGCCGCAGAGAAAUCGGCGGCCGAAGCUGCGAAGAAAGCGCAGCCUCCACCAGAUGAGCAGAAAAAGCCUUCUGUGAAACAGGUGAUCGGGGGCGCAUCAUGGACAGGGAAGCUGCCGGUUAAUAUGCUCUCGGAGCAUUGUCAGAAGCAGAAGUGGGAGAAGCCGGAGUAUACAAUGACGAAAACUCCAGAAGGAUUUAUGUCUGCGGUUAUAUUGAAACGUGUCGACCCUAAGACUCGCGAAACGACUACCCUUCCUCCCAUGAAACUUCCUCCGUCUCAUAAGCACUUGGCUGCGCAACCUACGGCUCUGGAAGCUCGUCACUUUGGUGCUGCGUACGCUCUAUAUCGUGUCUGUAAUAUGAGGAAUAUCCACAUGAUGCUUCCGCCGACUUAUAAGAAGCUCUGGAAGGAGGAUUUUGCUGAUAUUAAGACUGCUGAUACCAAAGAGGGCAAAGGGUGGAUGUACGAAGCAGACCCGUUUUUGGCGAAACAAGAGCGGGAAAGCGCCGCUGCCGAUUUGGAGAAGAAGCAGAAGGAGCGAGAAAGGAUUCAAGCUAAAGCGAAAGAACAACCUGGGGUAGAGUUGGGCUUGGGGUCCAGUAGCGAUAAUAGAGGGAAGAAGAUCUGGUCACACGCCCCGAAAGUGGAUUUGGGGAGCAAAGUGCGCCGUGAGAUUGAGAACCUACUUCAACAGCAUACGAUUUGGAACCCUUAUAAUGUGCAGAUCCCGCAAUCUGAACGUAACUCCGUCGUUGAGGAGUUCACUCGCUUGGGUUUUCGGCGCAGUCAUGUGGAUGAGGCGACUGCUGCGUGUAAGGAUAGAGAAGAGGUACUUGAAUGGCUUCUCAUCUACGUCCCAGAAGAUGACCUCCCGUCGUGGUGUCUACCAGAAUCGUAUUCUGCUGGCGUGAGUCUAGUGAGUGAUGAUUUAGCAAAAGAGGCGAAAAUCAAGCGGCUAGCCACCAUCGGUUACCCUGCAGAUCUUUGCUCGCGGGCUUUAGAUAACAGACAAGGUGACGAGCUUGCAACAGCUGAGAUGCUGCAAAACACCUUAGUACAUGGGAAUUCUCCUGCAGUUUCUACAUCUCCCGAGGGCGAAGACUCUUGGGCGGAAGAGCAAGAGACCCUGGAGGCUAUCUUCGGGGAGCGAUAUUGUCGGAUAUCUUCUAAGGUGUGUGAAGUCAAGAGCGAAGCCUCGGACUUACCAGAGUCGACAUCAUUCCGAUUUCAAAGACCUUCAGGUCAUUAUCCAUCCUCGGUGCCGAUUAUUUCGAUACAAGCGAAAGGCAUUCCCUCUUAUAUACGACUCAGUGCGAUCCGUCAAGCGGUGAAGCAUGCUGAGGAAAAUUUCUUGGGAGAGCCAAUGGUAUUUAACGUGCUUGACUGGUUAGAGAUGAAUCUCCCGGAGAUCAUGCAAAAUCCGGGCAAGCUACGAGAUAUCGCAACGGUCACCGCAUCCCCAUCUACUGCUGAAAGUAUUUCAGAGCUUCCUGUGCGCCAAAUUCGCAGGAAAAAUAAGGAGAUUAGCUGGCAACCAGGCUCACCCCAGAGCUUAUCUAUCCGUGAGGCCUGGCAGGCUAGGCAGUCAACUCCAGCCCAGCAGGGUAUGACACAAAAGCGAGAGUCGCUUCCUGCUUGGAAUAUCCAGGAUGCUAUAAUACGGACCGUGAACUCGCAUCAGGUUACUAUCAUUUCUGGUGAGACAGGUAGCGGUAAAAGUACCCAGUCCGUCCAAUUUAUAUUAGAUGAUAUGAUCAAACGAGAUCUCGGUGCUAUUGCGAACAUUAUUUGCACACAACCACGGAGGAUUUCUGCUUUAGGUCUUGCGGAUCGUGUGAGCGAUGAACGAUGCACCUCUGUAGGCGAUGAAGUUGGAUAUGUUAUUCGGGGUGACUCCAAGAUCAAGUCUGGGACGACAAAGAUCACCUUUGUCACGACUGGUGUUUUGCUUCGUCGUAUACAGACUGGAAGUGGUGCGGAUGGCAAUGUCGCAAGCUCACUUGCGGAUGUCACACACGUCGUAGUGGAUGAGGUUCACGAACGGAGUCUUGAUACUGAUUUCCUACUCGCUCUUCUACGGGAUGUUCUUAGGUACCGCAAAGACAUUAAGGUCAUACUAAUGAGUGCAACCCUUGACGCAGAAAUUUUCAUCAACUACUUUGGUGGACGCAAAAAUGUUGGAUUGGUAAAUAUCCCUGGGCGUACUUUCCCUGUGGAUGACUAUUAUCUGGACGAUGUCAUUCGUCUCACAGGAUUUGCGCCGGAGUUAGCUGAGCGAGAUCUUCAUGAUGACUCGGUUUCUUCGCCGCAAGGUGAAGAGUCUCUCGGUAAGGCUCUUCGUAGCGUGGGAAUGGGUAUAAAUUACGACCUGAUCGCAUCCACUGUCCAAUAUAUAGAUGCUCAGUUGGGGGAUCAACCAGGAGGAAUCCUUAUCUUCUUACCUGGUACCCUGGAGAUUGAAAAGUGCCUGAACACCGUGAAAAGGAUUCCCAAUACUCAUCCACUUCCUUUACAUGCAUCUCUUCUACCUGUUGAGCAACGGCGUGUUUUCUUGAGCCCUCCGAGAGGGAAGAGAAAGGUCAUUGCGGCAACCAACGUUGCGGAAACAUCAAUUACGAUUGAGGAUGUUGUUGCGGUUAUCGACACUGGCCGCGUCAAGGAAACGAGUUACGACCCCAAAGACAACAUGGUCCGACUCCAGGAGGUAUGGGCGUCGCAAGCUGCCUGUAAGCAACGACGAGGACGAGCUGGUCGUGUUAGGGCCGGUGCAUGCUACAAGCUCUAUACCCGGCAAGCAGAAAUGAAGAUGGCACCCCGACCGGACCCCGAAAUCCGACGAGUGCCAUUGGAACAACUAUGUCUCUCCGUCAAGUCUAUGCAAGGCAUCAAUGAUGUUGCUACAUUCCUGGCGAACACCAUCACUCCUCCUGAAAGCGUGUCCGUUGAAGGAGCCUUAAGCUUUCUCCAUCGUGUUGGAGCCCUUGACCAUGACCAGCUAACUGCUCUUGGACGAUACUUAUCCAUGAUCCCUGCUGAUCUGCGAUGCGCCAAGCUCAUGGUCUACGGCUCCAUCUUCAGCUGCAUAGACACCUGCAUCACCAUCUCCGCAAUCCUAACCGUGAAAAGUCCCUUUGUCUCACCCCGCGACAAGCGCGAGGAAGCAGAUGCCGCCAAAGCAUCCUUCUCCCGCGGGGACGGUGACCUCCUUACCGACCUUUCAGCCUACCAGCAAUGGUCAGACCGCGCCAAAGUCCAAGGAUACUGGCAGACGCAAUCAUGGUGUAGCGCUAACUUCCUCUCCCAUCAAACGCUCCGCGACAUCUCAUCCAACAAAGCCCAACUUCUAACCUCCCUGAAAGACGCCAGCCUCCUCCCCGUAGACUACUCCUCCGACCCAGCCGACCCCCGCUGGAACCGCAACGCAGGGAACCGAAGCCUCAUUCGAGCUCUAAUCGCGGGCGCCUUCCAACCCCAGAUCGCGCAGAUCUUCUUCCCCGACAAGAAAUUCAUGAGUUCCGUCACAGGAACAGUGGAAGUCGACCCAGACGCCCGAACCAUCAAAUACUUCAACCAGGAAAACGGCCGCGUCUUCAUUCACCCAAGCUCCCUUCUGUUCUCGGCCCAAAGUUACCCUGGCUCGGCGGCGUAUCUAAGCUAUUUCACCAAAAUGGCCACAAGCAAGGUCUUCAUCCGUGAUUUAACACCAUUCAACGCCUACUCUCUCCUGCUCUUCUGCGGCUCCGUUGAUCUCGAUACGACGGGUCGAGGCCUCAUUGUCGACGGCUGGUUACGGCUCCGUGGCUGGGCACGAAUCGGUGCCCUUGUUUCUCGGUUGCGUAUGAUGGUAGACGAAAUUAUUGCGGCGAGGAUUGAUAAUCCUACUUCUGGGUCUGUGUCGCUCAAAAAGGGAGGGGAUGAGAAGGAUGAUAUUGCGGGUCGGGUGAUUGAGGUUGUGAAGAGGUUGAUCGAAUUCAACGGGUUAGAUCAGUAGUGGAGUGAGUGGUUUAGUGAGUAUAUUUGGCCCUUUGGUGGGGAUUUUGGUAUUUUGAACUUCUUUGGUAGAUAAUUUCGGUUGAGAAG